CACUACAGCUGAGUCUGUGAUGUGUUCAACGUGGAAGAUGGAAUAGGACAGGGUCUGGACGUUUUCAUUGUGGAGCCACUUUUUUUGUAUCUGACCAGUGGCCAGUUAGUGACCUGGUAAAAGGCGUCCGUUACAUUUUUUCUGGUCGUCGGAGACUGAGAUAUUCCAGGGAGUAAGCUGCCUAGUAAAAGCUGGAGAUUUCUGAAGUGAUUGAUGAUGAGGAGGAUAUUUGAGGUAUUGCUCUUGGUGGGUAUCGCACUCGGUGGAGUCAAUGGCUUCUAUAUACCGGGUGUUCAGCUAUCCGAAUACGCAAGCGAACAAGAAAUCAACGUGAAGGCUGUGAAGAUGACAAGUGUGAAAACGCAGAUACCGUAUGAAUACUACUCUCUUCCAUUUUGCAAGCCAGAGAUCGUUCAUUACCGCUCAGAAAAUCUCGGUGAGGUAUUGCGAGGUGAUCGUAUCUCAAACACGCUGUACACGCUGAGUACACUGAAGGCUGUCAAGUGUCAAACCCUUUGUCCAGAAAUGACCAUCUCGGCGGCUGAUUCCACCAAGCUAGCUCAGCGUAUUCAACAAGACUAUAGUGUACACAUGCUUGUGGACAACCUGCCGGCUGCCACUAAGUAUGUGCGUGUAGACAAGCCUAAUGUGGCGCAAUACGAGCACGGUUACAAGCUGGGUAUUCCGGGAAAGGUACCGAUCAUCAACAAUCAUCUUGCACUGAUCAUCCGCUAUCAUGCAUCUACAUCUGAUGUAGGGAAACGUUAUCGCAUUGUUGGCUUUGAAGUUCAACCACUCAGUGUUGGUAACGGACAGCUUAGUAUUGAGAAGACACAGUGUACUUUCAAGACCACUAAUAUCAAGGAAAUCAAACCACAACCCGUUGUGGCUGGCAAGGAGAACAAGAUUGUCUACUCAUACAGUGUUAUGUGGGCGCCAAGUACCCUUGAGUGGGCAUCGCGUUGGGAUACGUACUUGGAGUUGAAGGAUGGACAGGUUCACUGGUUCUCCAUCAUCAACUCCUUGACUAUUGUGCUUUUCUUGUCUGGAAUCGUCGCUAUUAUCUUGGUCCGUACUCUGCGUCGUGAUAUUGCACGCUACAACAAACUUGACGAGGAAGAUAUUGAUGAUGCAAUUGAGGAGACUGGUUGGAAACUUGUACAUGGUGAUAUAUUCCGUCCACCAGUCAACAUCAAGAUCCUAUCUGCUUUCAUCAGCACUGGCGUGCAGCUUCUGGCUAUGUUUGUCAUCACUCUGGUGCUGGCUCUAAUGGGAAUGCUGUCACCGGCUAGUCGCGGUGCUCUCAUGUCCGCAGCCAUCUUCCUAUUUGCUUUCAUGGGAAUGUUUGGUGGCUACAUGGCUGGGCGUCUGUACCGUACACUGAAGGGUGACAACUGGAAGGACACUGGUGUCUUGUGUGCCGUGCUUUAUCCUGGUAUGGUCGGAGCGUGCUGUUUCCUGGUCAACUUGUUCCUUUGGGCCAAGCAAUCAUCCGCUGCUUUACCUUUCACUACCAUGCUGGCUCUGCUGGCAGUCUGGCUUUGCAUCUCCAUGCCCCUGGUCGUAGGUGGCUUCUUCUUUGGCUUCCGCAAGCAGCCAUAUGAUCAUCCUGUCCGUACCAAUCAAAUUCCACGCCAAGUACCCGAACAGGUCUGGUACAUGGGCAGAGAAGUCAGUGUGUUGCUCGCUGGCAUUCUUCCCUUCUGUGCUGUUUUCAUUGAGCUGUUCUUCAUCCUGACGGCAAUCUGGGAGAACCGCUUCUACUACAUGUUUGGCUUCUUGUUCCUGGUCUUCCUGAUCUUGGUGAUUGUCUGCUCUGAGAUCACUAUCGUCAUAGUCUACUUCAUGCUUUGUGGGGAGAACUACCAUUGGUGGUGGAGGUCUUGGAUGCUGUCAAGCAGCAGUUCACUCUACGUCUUCCUCUAUUCUGUCUUCUACUUCUCGUCCAAGCUGUCAAUUGCAGGCUUUGUGCCAACACUGCUCUACUUCACGUACAGCAUAUUGAUGUGCAGCACAUAUGGUCUGCUCACCGGUAGUAUAGGUUUCUACGCAACGUACUGGUUCGUCUCCAGCAUCUAUGGUGCCGUCAAGAUCGAUUAGGAGCAUCACCGUUGCCGUCACGGCUGCUCCCACUGUUCAUACUGUCUAUACUGCAUUUUGGUGCUUACAGGCAGGCACAUUGUGCAGAUAGAUGCAGUAGUCAGCCGCUGCAUUCUGGUAUGCAAAUGUGUACGUGUAUAUCGUGUAACUGCUGCUCUGUGUGUUGCCAUAGUUCAUGUUUGACACUCUAUCCCAGUCUACUGAACCCCAUAUUGGUGUGGCUGUCUUGAACGGGUGCAGUGCACCUGUCAAGACUUCUUGACCAGCAUGUGACAGCAUUCACUCUACUUUCCCCCCGGAUUUUUUCCUUUGCUUGAGUCACGCAUGAACAUAAUAAUGCACAUGGGGUGUGCUAUUGCACGCAGGUGGGUGGGUGCGUGUGCAGGAGAUUUGAAUGUGGAGACAGCGUAUCUGUCAAUGUGUGUGCGUAUGCGUGUGUGUGCACGCAUGUGUGUGUGUGUAUGUGUGUGUGUGUGUGAGUUCGUGUGUGCGUGUGCAUUGUUAGUGCUGUUGGUAAUAAGUACUACCACCUACCAAGCAGGCAUGGUUUGUAUGGCAGGUCCGAGCGUAUUGUACAGUUUGUGGUGUUCCCCGUGUUACUUGCUAAUGCAUAUUUUGGUAUCCGCAAUUUAAUCCUAUAUUGACAUAGCCUAUGCUGCCGUUGGUACGGCUGAUCUCUUGCUUCUUCCUGCCAAGUUAAUCUCAAUGUCGUCUUGUGUUGUCUUUUUCUGGGCUAGCCUGAUGCUAGGGUGUCUACAGGCAUUCCUCUUCAGCAUUUUAGCUGUGCGUAUACUCUUUACAUACUUACAAAUGGCUCCUUUCCUGCGGUUCUUGCCAGCGGCUGAUCUCGGCUUGGACUGUCAUAAUUAUUUCACUUUGGGCGUAUGGAUAUCUCACUGCUGUCCCGUGUACACCUGUGUCUCUUGGUCACGCCAUGCGUGAUGCGCAAUGUGUAUGUGUAGGUCCUCUAUGUUUGUCUUUUGCCCCGGCAGUAGAGCAACAUUCAUUUCUCAUGAUUUCAUUUCUGUAUCGAAUUGGAAAUAAUGAUAACUACACGUCCUGCUAUUCUUUUUGAUAUAGGCUGGCUAUGCGCUUAGUUUUUCUUUGUGCUCAUUACAAUACAUGUACUAGUACUUGUGUACAUGUGCACUGUAUUUGCACUCUGCCUAUGAUUUUAUCAUACUUUCACAUUGAUUUAA